CUCCGGAAGCGGAUUUGCUUGUGACUCGUCAGCCGGCGGAGACGGCCACGGAGUGAAUUUAGCGUCGCUACUACCCUACCUUCUCCAGUAGAGAAAGUAGAUUAUGGAGAAUGAUGAACUUUCGUCAGAGAAUGGGAUGGCUUGGUGUAGGAUUCUAUCUGCUCGCAAGUGCUGCAGCUUUUUAUUAUGUGUUUGAAAUAAAUGAGACUUAUAACCAACUGGCUUUGGAACACAUUCAUCGCAAGUCAGAGAAGCUGGAGAGUGAAGCAUCUUGGACCCAGACAGUGACUGCACGCUUGUUUUCACUCCCAUUCUGGUUGUGGGCCAUUCUCUUUCUAAUUCCGUACCUACAAAUCUUUUUAUUCCUGUAUUCGUGUACAAGAGCUAAUCCCAAGACAGUUGGCUACUGUAUAUUCCCAAUUUAUUUAGCAGUCAUAUGCAAUCGCCAUCAAGCUUUCGUCAAAGCCUCUAACCAAAUCAACAGAUUAAAAAUAAUUGAUACGUGAAUAGAAUGGACUAUUUGGGAUCAACUCCAAAUCAAGAUUGAAGACAUGGAUGUUUAAUUUUAUGUAAUCUAUAAUGUAAUGUUCAGCUGUAUCCGAAUUUUUAUUAGAAUUUUAUUUGUAACUGUACAAUCCUUUGGAGAAUGGGGUAAAAGCCAUGGUUAGAAUUGUGUUUAACAUCAGUCAUUGGGAGUUACUCCAUUAAUCCCACUCAAUUUUCAGUGGGAAUUCUCAGCUCUUUUGGGCCACUUUGGUGACAAAAGGGUAUUGUACCUCAUCCUGACAUACUUUAAAUAGAUUUUAAAUUAUAACACCUCCACUUUAAUUUCUAACUACUGUAGAUGUUUCUGGAAAAACAUCUAUUUGGAUAUAUGUAAUACACCCUGGAUUAUGAUUUGUUAAUCAUUUUUGGAUUGUGUUCAAGAUGUAUGUUUUUUUUCUGACUAUAAUAAUUUGACCAAGCUUAAGUUGUCACAGGCAGUGAUAUUUAAUGAAUUUUCAAUAUAGCCUUGCAAAUAGUAGACCUUAUAUCCUGGUUUUAGAUUUAAUUUUGAAAGAAGUCCCAUAACCUGUUUCCACAAUUGUCACCUUACUACUGGGCAGCAAAGCAAGUCCAGAUUCAUGUUUAGAACUCAUACACUCUUAAGUUAAUAAAUGGUUGAACAUAAAACUAAAGGCAUUUUGGAUAAACCAAAUCAAGGCGAUUGUGUUCAAGGUGUACAGUUUGUGAAAUAUUUUUAGAAAGUAUUUGGAAGGAAUCGGAUUUUCUGUAAAGUUUCUUAAAGGUUUUAAAUGAGCAUAACAUUGGACCAAGCUCAAAUUACCACAUGCUUAAGGUGUUUAAAUGCAUCAGCAUGCUUCUGGGUUAAAUCUGAAGAUCCAGUAAUUCAGGGAAAGUUCAUUCUUGUGGUUAUGUUUUUAAAAAAUGAAAAUUAGCUUUUCUAGGUUGUGCAUUCACAAUGGAAGGGAGGUUAAAGAAGUAGUAAUCGCCUUGAUGUUUUGAAAUGAUGGACACAUUUGGACUUCCAAGUAUUUUCAUAAGCCCAAUACAAACAGUAGACAUUGGCACAUAAGUGACCUGGCAACAGUGUUGGAGCAUUGAAAAUGAAGCCUGCCACUAAGAGCGUACAAAAAGACUAUACGCCUCCAUAAUCCUUUUAUACAAAUAUUAAUGCAAAUAAUUUAUUUUUUUAAAGAAGGCACUUUAAUCUGCAAACUAUAAUGAGAGUUCUUGCAUGAAUGUGACAAUAUUAUGUCAACAUCUUUUAAGAUAAAGUUAAAAUCCUUAAAGCUUCAUCUAGUUUAGAUGUACCUUGAUUAUUGAAUUGGGUGACGAUCGUGUGAAGUGGAUGAUUAGUGUUACGUUGACUUUCAGAACAUGCUGCAUUUGCGUGAGUAAUCAAGAGGGGUGUUUAUUAGUUCCUCCUGGUUCUUCUGGAGAGAAGCUCAGAAUAUUUUGUAGACUUUGUUACAUGAGGCCAAAUACUGUAGUAAUCGGUCUGCAGUGAAAACAAUUGAUUGUAUUGGAAGCAUCUUAAUGUUUCUGUAAUGUCACCAAAUAUUGUAUCGAUACAAUUCUUUUGAUAGAAAAUUAACGUGAGGGAAUUCUAAUAUUGAACUUUCUACAAAUAAAGAAUGUGUGAGAUUUAGGUUUUUUUUUAGAUGAUUGUUGUUCCUCUCUCCAACCCUUCCUAAUGUCUAAAUUCAUUCAAUCUUCCAUUCAUUGAAUAUUGGAUUGUGCAGGGGAUGUUUUACCUCUGAGUACGUGUGAUAUUAGUGGUAUGCUAUUAAAUGAUUUUUGUAAUAUGGUGCCAAUAAGAUAACUGCAAAAGUUGGUCAUUUUAAAAGAAAGGAAUAAAGCUAUUUUAGCUUUAAAGAGCUGUGGCAGAGUUUAAAAUCUGUCCAUUGUGCAUUAUGCAUCUGCCUUUUACCUGAAUAGAAGCUUGUAUAAGAAAUGGGGCUGGAUUUGCAACUGCAUUAACAUUUCUAAGAUAUCUGAUAAUAAAGCCUUGAGCGGUACUGUCUAAUUUCUUUUUGACAUUAAGGUGGUUUAAAAUAUCCAGUGUUAAACCUGAACUAAUCCUAAUCUGUUAUUGAUUUCAUACCUUAUGUGAAAGAAAACUGAGGUUGGUGUUUCCCCUGCAUUAAUGAAAAAUCUAAUUACGCUGUAUUGCUCUACAAUGAUUUCAUUGGAAAACUUGUGAUUUGGUGCUUACUUUUAAAAUUCAAUUAAAAUUCUGUAAUUUUUG